CUUUUGGUCAACAGAUCUUUUAUUGCAAUCUCCCCUCUCGGCAUUAAAUCCAUGUUUGUCAUCCAAUAGCACCUCCACGGCUUUUCUAGGGGUGCUCUUACUUCAUGCAUAACGGCUAUCCUCUACGCUUAUAAGAACCCGGCCGUACACUUCUCUUGCCGAGUUCAUCCCACCUCUUGGUUCAGUACCUCGAGCAACGACACGACACUUGACUAUCACUUGUCACUCACUUCACGAACAAAAGUCAUAAUGACCUCUUACUUCCGUUCCAUCUUUGGUGGCAGCCAGUCUCCUAGUCACGACCACCAUUCCAAGUCCCAUUCACGCUCACGCAAUCCUGCAAAUUUCUUCUAUGGCCCACCAGCUGGUGCAAGCUCUUCCUCACGCCUGAAGACAAAAAGAAGCAAUAGCUUCAGUGCCGCAACAGGUCCAUCUCCACUGCGAUAUACCGCGUUCGACGAUGCCAGAGACAUGAGAUACGGGACUCCGUCGAAUGUUGAGAAGGUGCCGCUCUACAGGCGUGCCAGCUACAAGUCAUCCGAACAUCUCGGGCAUUAUCCUUUGUACAAUUAUGCGCCACCCGUUUCUUAUGGUGCAUCUUCUCGCACCAGUUCAAGUUCUUCUUCAGGUUAUCCAAGCAUGCAUCCAGGCACACCAUCCAUGGCAUCCCACGUUCUCCAAUACGACAGACGGCCUUCGCUCCAACAGCGUCAUACUUGGCAAAGUAGCAUCUCAUCCGCGAAUGGAUCGGCUCAUUCAUAUAUUGCAAUGGAUCCACAUGGAAGACGCGCACCUGCACUGCACAUGCAUCCUCUCUUUGCCUCUACUCGACUUCACUCUGCGCCCAUAAAUUACGACGUCAUAUACGCUCCUUCGCCGCGGACAGUUCUCGACCGCACUACACAUUCGCCUGUCGAUGCCCAUACGUUGUCUCAACCAGCCACAGACCCGCCGACUCCAGCAUCAUCCCGUAUCCUGCUCCGUUCAGAUAAGUUCCCGUGGCCCGUAGUCGUCGGGGCUUGCAGAAAUGGGCGCUCGCCAGAUAUCACUAAUCUCGACCUUCUUCAUGCAUUACAUGAGACGCUUCUCACGAGAGUCACGCCUCAGGAGUGGGAGGCUCUUGGUAAUGGAAGCAGGGCACAGCGGAAAGUCACGCAGGCGUACGAACAACGGUGUACUAGAUUGGGAGGCGGAUGGGAAGGCGGAGUCCGACGGGUGGAUUGGCUGCAUGGGAAGACUCGUUUGAUCGGAAUAGAAGUGGAGAAGCAUGGACCCGGCGCCGGCUCCGGAAAACUUAUGUUUGGUAAGGCUUGAAGCCGAGAUUUUCAACUUUGGAGAUCUACAGCAACCGGAGCUGGUUCUGGUUGUUCGCUUGAUAUCCCUGCGAAACCUUUUACGGCGUGUCCACAGACGGCGUUACAUCUCUGGCAUUCACGAUUAUAUAGCAUACUUAGGCAUCAGGCAUAUGUAUGAA